AUGUAAAUUGCUAACGACGAGUAUGUUAUACCAAAUCUACUACAAGGAAUCGAUAUCAGAAAUCAUGUACAGAAUUGAUUUAUAUUAAGGAAAUCUCAACACUAUCCUAAACCCUAGAUAGAUUGCAUUUUAUUAAGGGUUUGCAUGAGGAAGACAAUUUGCGAUUGAGAGCCAUUAUUACUGAUAUGUAAUAUAAUUUUGAAGCUCUUGUGGCACAAAAGUAAGUGUUGUAUUCAAUUUAAGGAAUAUUGAAAUCUCCAGGCUCAGUGGAAGAGUCAAAUAUUUAGAACACGAACUUUACCAAAUUAAUAGAUUGAAUUAAGAUAAAUUUCAAAAUUCUAACAGGGUUGAAGCUGAACCUCCAAAACUUAGAGAAUUGGAAAGAGCAAUGAAAUAAAAGGAUUAAUAAAUUCAAGACAUUACUAAUUAGCUUUAAUAACUUAUGACACAAUUUGCAAAUAGAAAUUAAGACUCUGGUUCAGAAAUAAAAAAGAUUUCAAAAGACUCGAAAGAGCUGAAUUUGCCAUUUUUAGUUGAAAAUGAUAAUUUAAAAAAACUAAACGCAGAGUUGAAUCGUUAAGUUAAAAAUAUGAAUGAUGAAAUCAAUACAUUAAAAUCGGAAUUAAAUGAAGCAAAUGCUGAACUAGCCAGAAGAGAACGAAAAUUAAGAGAAUAUCUAUUAAUUGAUAAAAUGCGUGCAGAAAGGGAUGAAGAAGUCAAAUAAAAUUUAUAACCUGUUUAUGUUAAAGUUUCAGAAGAUAAAAAUUUAUUAGAUGGAGUCUUAGCUUUAAUGCAUUAUAUGAGAGAAUCUAUCACAGAUAUCAUAUUUGAAAUAUUUGUGAGAUCUGCUAAUCAAGCUUUUAAUAGAAAAUAGAGUUCUGCCAUUUUGUUUUCAAUAAAUACAAAAGAAUUAAAAAAUAGAAAUGUGAGAGGAUUUCUCAUUGUAUUAUACUUAUACAGAAAGUAUUUAAAUUAUACGAUAUUAGAAUGAAGAAAUUUAUUAAAAUAUAUUUUCCUUAUUAUGGAAAAUUGAUUUUAAAUGAUCACAUGGCUAGAAUAGCACUUGGAGAAGAUGAAUAUCAUUUAUCUGAGCGAAGAGAUGGAACGAAUCUAUGGUUGGAGGAAUGCUUAGCUAAAUUAUCAAUUCAAAAGCGAAAAAGUGAUAAGAAUAAUGAAGAGGAUGCUGAAUACCAACAUUUAUUUAGACUUCUAUCAUUAAGAUAUAGAUGCAAAUAUCCCUUGAAAGGAAACGAAGAAAUGAGAGUUGAUUUAGACAUAAGAGUAAGAUUAGAGAAUAAAAUAUGCAAUUCACUUUUAAAAUUAUUUAUUGAUUGA